ACCUCUCAGCCAAGAACGAUUACCGAAACUCUACUUCGUAGCCUCAUUUCCCGACUUCAAUCCCCGUGGCGUGUCAUUCCGCAUGGAUCUCAAUCACUUCAGUCGCCGUAGGCCACACUGGCUGGCGCAUUGUGGGACCGGGUGCAUGAUCUGCUCCAAAUCCAACAUGAACGAGUUUCGGACUUAAUCAUCAUUUCCGAUUGUUCGAGACCAUAGCUCGUUCCAUCACGGACUUUGCGCGCUCGCGCUCAACUCACAUACCGUUGUGGGGCACAUCACCAGCAGCAAAGAUUUCUCGAGAUGCUUCAGGGACUUGUUUUAGUAUAAAAACACUGGCUUCUCGAAAGAUGUGACGCCUCUAGUCGUGAGAAAAUUGGCAACAGUCUAACUUGAUCUUCAACUUUGUUUCAACCUUCGUCAACAAACCACCACACACCAUGUCUGGCAGUCUAGUGCUUCUUACCGGCGCUACCGGCUUUGUUGGCUACAAGACUCUCGUCACCGCUCUCGAGGCUGGCUACCGCGUUCGAUGCGCCAUCAGGUCAAAGUCCGGCAUCGACAAGAUCCUAGCAGCACCCAGCAUUCAGCGCUUGAGCCCGGCGGAUGACCGACUCUCUUGGGCAAUUGUGCCUGACAUAACGGCACCCGGCGCCUACGACGAAGCCGUCAAAGAUACGGAUUUCAUUAUCCACUGCGCCUCCCCGGUGCCAACUUUUGGCAAGGAUGAGCGCAAGGGAACGGACGACGAGAUCUACGUGAACCCGGCAGUUGCCGGCGUUAUUGGCAUGCUCGCGAGCGCUGCGGCUCAUGCCGCCGACACUGUCAAGCGAGUCGUUGUGACAAGCUCCAUCGUGGCUGUCGUCCCGAUCGAGUGCUUCGGGGGGGAAGGUCUGGACCGGCAGCCGAUUGAUGGAGAAUCCCGGGUGGCGACCCCGAUUGCCCCGUAUGGGUCCGGAUUUGGAGCCUACUGUGCUAGCAAGGUUGCCGCACUCAAUACCUCCGAAGCCUGGAUGGAGGAGCACCGCCCUGCGUUUGAUCUUAUCUCAACCGUCCCGGCAUGGAUAUGGGGUCACGACGAGCUCUGUACGACUGCCGAAUCACUUUUGUCGGGUUCCAACAGCGUGCUGCUGGAGUACCUCAGAGGCAGGAAGAGCGAGAUGCCUACCGACACCAACUUUGUCUCUGUCAACGACGUAGCUGCAGCGCAUAUCCGAGCGCUUUCCCCAUCCAUCCCCGGCAAACGAGGUUACUUUUUGGGCAGAGCUGUAUUGAUGGAGGAUGCGAGGGUUGUUGCAAAGAACGCCUUCCCCGAGGCGUUCGCGAAUGGUGUGUUUAGUGAGACCGGCAUUCAACCAACAGUGAGCAUUCCGACGGAUGUUUCCGAGGGUGAGAUAAUGCUUGGGAGAGCGCUUGUGAGCGGGGAAGACAUGGUGAGGGAUGUUGCCGGACAGUUUUUGCAGCUUGUUGGAGUUGAUAAGUAGAUGAUCUUGCCUCAUGGCU